GGCUUCCGUCAACUUCCGUUAUUACGUUGACAUUUCAAAAGUUCAGCGCGAUCAUUUUCACUCCUUUGGUUCUCGUUCACUGUGAAAAAUAGCAUGGCUGGAUUCACCACCCCUCAGAUGUCCAGAAUCAGGAGCUUUGCAAGCGGAGGAAGCCCCAUCAACAUCCCGGCUUCACCGUUCAUGAAGAAGCUCGGCUGUGGGACAGGAGUCAGCGUCUACCUGAUGGACAGAGUGGGACAGUUCAACGCGUCCCCCUGGGCCAUCAAGAAGCUCAACAGCAAAUGUGCCAGCAAACAGGCUGAAGUCUACCUGAAGCGUCUAAAGGAGGAGGCAAAAGUCCUCAAGGGAAUCGACCAUCCCAACAUUGUCGGUUUCCGUGCGCUGGCCACGGCCAAAGACGGCUCCGAGUGUCUGGCCAUGGAGUUCGGGGGCGAGCAGUCGCUCAACGACCUCAUGGAGAAGCGCAGAAAAGACGGUCUUCGGGCCUUUCCUGCUGCCGACGUUGAAAAAGUGGCGCUUCACGUGGCCCGUGGACUGCAGUAUCUUCACAACGAAAAACAACUGCUGCACGGCGACAUCAAGUCUUGCAACGUGGUCAUCAAGGGCAACUUUGAUGCCGUCAAGAUCUGCGACGUGGGCGUGUCCCUGCAGCUGGAUGAGAACAUGACAGUGUCGGACCCCGAGGCGGAGUACAUCGGCACGGAGCCCUGGAACCCCAAGGAGGCCUUGGAGGGGGGCGAGAUCACAGACAAGGCCGACAUCUUCGCCUACGGCCUGACCCUGUGGGAGAUGAUGACCCUGGCCAUGCCUCACAUGGAUAUGCCGGAGGAUGACGAGGAGCAAGAUGAAGACGAGUCGAUGGAGGACAGCUUCGACGAAGACGCCUACUACGCCCAGCUGGGCACGCGGCCGCCGCUGGACGGCCAAGAGCUGGGCGAGUCCUACAAGAAGAUGAUGGAGCUCUUCUACGUGUGCACCGAGGAGGACCCCAAGAAGAGACCCUCGGCGACACAGAUCGUGCAGGCGCUGGAGGAUAACGCGCUUGAGCAAAACAAGAGCAGCCUGUGAGGUUUGAGUGUCCUGAUGAUGUCACUUGUAAAUGUUUAUUUGUGCUGCUUUAUUCUUGUAGACGCUAAACUAAGAUCAUUUUUGAUUGGCUUUUAUAUUCUUUUUUCCAUUUUGUUCACAAGCAAUCAAGUCCGGCAAAUUAAAAUAACUUUAUUCAAACUCACAACA